AUGGUAGCGUACGUGAGGAUAUGUCAGGCGCGGUGUGUUGUUGUUAUUUUGAUAGUGUUGGUGUUUUCUCCUGUGUCCGAUGCCCGAGCGAUUAAAAUAGGCGUGGGAGUUGGCGUGGAAAACGCGCUGAAGCUGCAGGCGGCGGUGAUAGCAGCGCUGCGCGGCGAGGAGGAGGCCGAGGUGCCACUUGCCACCGCCGAGCCCGACGAGCCGCUGUCCGAGCCUAAUAUUAUAUGUAAACAAGCGAGUGACAGUGUGAACGCCUCGGUGGGCGUCAGCGCGGGCGCGGUCGCCGCCACGCGCGCCGGCCUCGCGUUGCUGCUGACGGAGCCCGCUCCGGAGAACAAAGCUUCUUCCAGUGCUCUGGAACUGUAUCCACACUCCGAUGUUCUCGCUAAGACGUGUGCAGCGCUGUGCACUGAGAAGGACUGGCGACACGCGGUGUUGCUUCACGAGGGCAGCGCGCGGGUGGCGGCGCACCUCACGACCUCGCCCGAGCUGCUGUCGCUGCGCGCGCGCCAGAUUCCGCCGCCGCAUGACGACCACGGACUUAGGAACUUACUGCUGGUGCUCAAAAAAUGGGGUGCUACUAAUUUCAUAGUGUGGUGUAACGCGACCUGCAGCGUGCGUGUUCUGGACGCGGCGCAGCGCGUGGGUCUGCUCGCCGACCGACACUCGUACAUCAUGUCGUCGCUAGACCUGCACACGAUGUCGCUUGCGAACUACAGCUACGGCGGCGCAAACAUUACUAGUCUACGUUUAUUUAAUCCCGAAUCCAAGAAGGUAUCCGAAGCAAUGACGGCUUGGAGUGAAGAAUAUAGAAAGCUUACGGAAGACGCCGAAGUUAACGAAGAAGAAAUAGCGCAGAUAGUAGCAAAUCCACCGACAUCACUUCUUCUGUCCUACGACGCAGUCAAGUUGGUAGCGGCCGCAAUAAAGCAUCUCAACCUGACGCCGCAAGCUUCCGGCGACUGUCUCUCGGGGAAAGCGUCAUUCCACGCCGACACGCUGCUGAAUUACUUGCGUUCGGAGCGAUGGGAGGGCCUGAGCGGGCCGUUGUCGUGGGAGGCGGGCGGCGGCCGGCUCGAGGUGCGGCUGUACGCGACGGAGCUGGAGCGCGGCGGCCGCCUCCACACCGUGGCGUCGUGGACGCCGCGCGCCGGCCUCGCGUGGCGCCCGCGCCCGCCCGCGCCUCCGCUGCCCAAGAAUAUUAUGACUAACCGCACCUUUGCGGUCCUCAUCGCUGAGAACAAUCCGUACAUCAUGAAACAGCAAUCAACCGAUCGUCUGUCCGGAAAUAAUCGCUAUGAAGGUUUUUGCAUCGAGCUGAUCGAUCGUCUGGCAAAAUUUUGGAAAUUUAACUACACCUUCAUAGUGCAACCGGACGGUCUAUAUGGCACCCUCAACAAGACUACUAAUCAGUGGGACGGAAUGAUGCGACGUCUCAUGGACGAUCCGAACAUAGACUUCGCGAUCACAGAUCUUACUAUAACGGCGGAGCGCGAGCAGGCCGUGGACUUCACAACUCCCUUCAUGAAUCUAGGCAUUAGCAUCUUGUUCAGGAAACCGCAGCCGCCGGAACCCGCGCUUCUAGCUUUUCUUUUGCCCUUUUCCAAUGGGGUUUGGUUGUGCCUGGGCUUUGCAUACGUGGGCACGUCACUAGUGCUAUACGUGAUUGGAAGACUGUGCCCCGAGGAAUGGCAGAAUCCCUACCCGUGCGUGGACGACCCGCCCGCCCUAGAAAACCAGUUUACGAUUGGCAACGCACUGUGGUUUAAUCUUGGCGCUGUCUUGCAACAAGGUUCAGAGAUCGCGCCUGUAGCAUAUGGUACGAGAGCGGUUGCGAGUGUAUGGUGGAUGUUCGCGCUGGUCAUCACAAGCUCGUACACGGCCAACCUGGCGACGCUCCUCGCCACCAAAUCCUCCACCGAGCUUAUCAGCAGUGUGCGCGAUCUCGCUGACAACCCGUACGGCAUCACAUAUGGUGCCAAGGCGGGCGGAUCCACAUAUACAUUUUUCGAGCUUUCUACUUCGGAGCUUUAUAAAAAAAUGUUCGCCGAAAUGAAAAAGCAAGAAAUGCCUAAGAACAACACUGUGGGUAUACAAAAAGUAAAGGAAGACAAUUACGCCUUCCUUGCGGAGUCGACCACUAUCGAGUACACCACCGAACGUGACUGCGAAGUGAUCAGGGUAGGAGAUUUACUUGACAGCAAAGGUUACGGGAUUGCAAUGAAAAAAGGAUCCGAGUAUCGCCAAGCUCUCAAUCUCGCGCUACUGAACCUGCAAGAGGCGGGAGUGCUGCGCGAGAUGAAGCAUCGCUGGUGGAAGGAGAUGCACGGCGGCGGCGCCUGCCAGCCGAAAGAUGAACACGAAAGCGAGGAGCUAUCUAUGCGCAACUUCAUGGGUCUGUUCCUGGUUCUGGUGGUGGGGUGCGCGCUGGGUGUGAUGGUGUCGUGCUGCGACCUAGUGUGGACGGCGUGGCGCCACCCGCGCGAUCCGAUGCGGCCCUUCACUAAUAACUUCUGGUCGGAGCUACUUUUCGUUUUCCAUUUCGAACAAUCGGUCAAACCCGUGCGCGGUCCACUGCAGCCCGAACCUAGCGUCCGCGACUCGCCCGCCGUCUCGUUUCGGUCCGAGCUCAGCGGGGAAAGCAACCUCAACAGUGAUGAGAAGAUGGAGGACGAGGAGAUGAGGGAAGAGAGCCGGCGGCGCCUGCGGUCGGGGUCGCAACGCUCAGGGCGCUCGGAACGCUCCGGGCGCUCGAGGAGGCCCAGCGCGCGCCGGCGCUCCUCCAUGCACGCGGCGAGCGUGCGCCUGGCGCGCCACGCCACACGCGCCUCCGAUACGCCCGGCCGUGCCACGCCGCGC